AAACGCUUACGGGAGAAAAGAGAGUUGUUGUUCGCCAUUUUUGAGAGGUCCUCGGAAAUUGGACCUAUUUCACAUACUUGUCACAAUCUGCCGCCAUCCAUCCCUUGCACCUCUUUCAAAACAUUACCGUUCUUAAUUUAUUAAAUAACCCAUUUGGACGGACCGAGGGAGCGGACCGUUCCCUGGGUGCAGUGCUCUGUACUCAAUGACUUCUUCUGAUCAGCAUGUCUGCAGUUUCGGGGCUAAAUGCAAAGGCGGAGAAAGGAAGGUCGAAGUAUGUUGCGUUAGACAUAAAUAGCCUUUAUAAAGGAAAAAGUCUAGAAAACCCCAAAGCAACUGUUCAACCUAAACAUGGAUUACAAUCACUGGGUAAAGUCGGCACUGGUCGCCGUAUGCCUCCUCCUGCUAAUUUACCAAGUCUAAAAAGUGAAAAUAGUGGCAACAAUCCUAAUAUAAGUUUAGUACCAAGUGGAGGUCAAGGAUGGGGCAGUACCACCAAAGAAAAAGGCAAAGCAGAAGAGACCAAUGGAAAUCAGCAGCAAUCACCGCAAUCGCAGCCAGCCUCUUCACUAUCACAACCUACUCAGAAAACAAGUACAACAAACACAGUUGCAACAUCUGGAGUAAACAAAACAUGGAGCAGUGUCACAUCAAACCAAGAGGAUGGUGGUCGAGAACAGAACUUCUUGGGCCAGCAGUCGCCAUUUUUUCCUCAGGAAUUCCCCAAGUUAGCUGGUGGAGAUGUACCAACAGAAGGCAACCAGAAAUCCAGUGCAGAUACUCAAUAUGGACCAGGACCAAGUCUAAGACCUCAAACGGAAGGCAGCUGGGGACGAGGGACACUUCAGCAACAGCCACCUGCUGGACAGGCAGGAGGCCAGCAACAGAGCAGUGGCAGUGGCGUGAACGGUCCCCAGGCUUCGUCGGAAGCACAGCCUCUCCCUUCACGAGACCAGCGUCCUUAUUCAGCCUCUCGAGGGGGAAAUAUUCCAUCUGGCAGCGUUUCAUCAACCUCAUCACCCGGUGGUCCCCCCAUGGGUCCUGUGCCAUCCCUCGGCCAUGGUCCAGGUAUUGGUGCGCAGAUGGGGCCUGGAUCUAACAUUCAUCCUCCGCCGCAGUUUCGUGGGAUGAUGCCUUCAUUUAUGUUUGGAAGAAAUAACUACCCUUCAGGUUAUCCUUCAAAUUAUCCUAAUGUUCCUCCACCCUCUCAGCAGCAGAAUGCUCGUCAGCCAUAUCCGUAUUCCGAAAAUAGGCGAUCUCAGCCUGUUAGACCACUUGCAGAAGAGGAAGCUUAUCAGCGUCCUGCAGCAAUCAUUACUGAGAAAGCUUUGAAAGGAUUCGAUGAAAUCCUACAAAAUGAUACUACAGACACUUGGGCCACCUCUCAUGGAGAAAUAGAUUACAAUGCAAAAUUAGUCUUCAGUGAUGAUGAAGAAUCUCCUGUUAGUCAGAAAAAAGAUAAAAGCCGCGAUAAUGAUGAAAAAAAUGCCAAGGUUCCAAAAAAUGAUAAAGAGCGAGAUAGAAAGUUAGAACGUGAAAGAAGUGUUUCUGAUCGUGAGCGCGAUAACAGAAGAGAAACAGAUUGGUCACGAGAAGGAAGAUGUGAAAAGAAAAACGAGCCUGAAACGGAUUGGAAUAUUGAUCGUGCAGAUGGCUUUGAACGUGACAGGGAGGAAAGAUGGAAAACAUGGCCUCAACCCCCACAAGGGAGGUCACCAUCUAUGGGUGGUGGUAUGGAAAUGCAGCGGCAGUGGCAGCCCGCUCAACAGCCUCCACAGAGGCCUUUUGACUACAGAGGGCCACCACCUCAGCCACCUGGGUCUGCCUAUGCCUCUCCCCAUGCAAGAAUGGCAGCUGGUCCUGUUCCCCUGAUGCAACAUGGUAAUUAUCCUCCACCGAGACCUUCUCGUCCUGGACAGCGCUCGUCCUCUGUUGCUGAUGAUGAUGAACUGUGGAGGCAAAGAAGAAAGCAGCAUACUGAGGAAAUGACAAUGACAGUUGAACGAGCAAGACAGAGGAGGGCCGAAGAAGAAAAACAUUAUGAACAGAGUAAACAAAGUGCCCAAGAAAAAGCCAAAACCUUUGAGAAGAAUGAUAAGGAAAAAGAACACAGUGAAAUUGAAGAACCAAGUAGGUCGCGGAAUAGCAGUGAAAGCAGGGAAGAUAAACCUCCCAGCAGAGAUGGUAGGGACAGAGACCGAUCUCAGCCUAAUUAUCAGGGAUAUAAUUUUUCCAGACAAUUCCAAAAGAAUGUUCCUCCUCGCUUUCAAAAGCAAGCUGCUGAGUAUAUGCGACAACAAACACAGCAACCAAUUCCUCUUGUUUCACAAAGCAAUCAAGCUCAUUUCCUGCGUUCUCAAUCUGCGGGGCAGACUGGGAAUCAGUCAUCAACAGCUCUACCUGUAUCAGCUUUGAGUCCUGGAGGAGGAGUCCCAUCUGGAGCUCCAUUAUCUUUAAAUGUUAACUAUGAAGCAGGUUGGGGCUCACAUCCCCCGUAUAUUAGUCAAAUACCAACAACUUCGCCGUCUGUGACGAAAGGUAUUCCCCAUCAGAGGUCAAAUAGUCAAGGCUCUGCUUCAGAUAGUUAUGAAAGUGAUACUUGUAUUCCUGAGCAGCCUCCCUCUUAUGAAAGAGAUUCUAGAGAAAGCUAUUGGAAUCGAGAAAGGAGACAAAAUGUUGGGGGUUAUGAUAGCUGGAAUGCACCUGGUUCGAAUGAGGCCUAUUAUGACCAACGACAGGAUUUCAAAAGAGUGGCAUCAGAAAAAGAUGAAAAAUCUUUUGAUCACAUAAGGGAACCUGAUCGAAGGGAAAAGGAAUUUGAAACUCAAGAUUUCAGAUACAAAGGAAGGGACUCUUUUAAAGAAAAACAAAGUGAUGUUCGGGAAAGUAAGGAGAAGAGUUCAAAAUCUAACUCUUGGUCCAAUGCUCAUGAGUAUGAGGAAAGAGUUUCAGAUCCAUUUGAUGAACCGCAAGAAACUAACAGAGAAAAAAUUCCAAAAGACAGACCUGAUCGAUAUGAAAAGGAAAGAUGGGAUAAGGAGAGGCCAGCACGCCCUGAUAGCAGAGAUUCCAGAGCUAGCAGAGACUCGAUGAAGGAGGAAAGGCAUACUGUGGAACGUCAUGAAACUGGAAAUUCUCAAUCAGAGAGGGAGAGGAAAAGUUGCAACUCACGGGAAGAGAAAAAGGAAAAAUCUCUGUCUCUUGAUUGGGGGGAUUCUCCUUAUCCAGUUGAGACAAAAAGACGUGAAUGGCAUCACCAUCCUCCACCAAUUACUCCAAAGCAGUUUGAAAGCAUUGGACCUCCGAAGAAAAAUCUUACUCCAUUAAGAAGAUCAAAUGCUGCUGUGGGUUCAUCGACCAUUCCAGAGAAAAAAAUUGAAUCAUCUAAAGAUGAUAACUGCAGUAAACAGUCUCAAGAUUCAUCUUUGAAGAAGGACAAAGAAGCGAAAGAAGAAAAAAAUGAAAAAAUUAAGAAUGAAAUUUCUUCAAAAGAAAAUGAAAAAUCUACAGAAAAAUUUGAACAAUCUCAUUUUGAAAAGCCUAAAACUUAUGUCAAAGAAACAAAAAAAAGUGAGGUUGGUGAUAGUACGAUAGAAAAUAAAAAAGACAUUGCAUCUUCAACAGAAAAAGAAAAACUUCGCUCUGAUAAAGAUAAGCAUGAACAUUCAAGGAAUGAACAGAAUAGAGAUAGGCGUCGUGAUAAUAGAGACAGGGGUGGUGUAAAUUCUCGUUCUAGAGGAGGUAAUGCCCUUGUCACAAAUAGCCAAACUCUAAUUACAAAUAACACUUCUGUUCGCUACGACUCUUCUCGAGGUCGUGGAAGUAACAAUGGGAGAAAUGGUCCUUACAGUGGCUCUAAUGUGCAAACGGGAAACAUGACCAGUGGAACUGCUGCUUAUCGUGGGAAAAGGGAAUACAGGAGAUCAAAAGUGGAAAGAGGUCCUCGCUUUGAUCGCCAAAAAGAAAAGGACAAGGGUAAAGAUGACAAGAAAGAAAAGCAUAGUGAUGAUACAUCUGGUUCUGAAAUUGAUGAUGUAAAGCUAGGGCAUUUAAGGCAGAAAGAUGAAGAUAGUGAAGUGUCUGUUGAUGAAGCAAGUGCGUCUACUACAGAGAGUGCUCAGGCUGAGAAAUACCAAGGCUCUGAAAUAGUACUUGAAGAAGAAAAAAACUUCAUUUCUGACUCUUCUAAUAUUGUGAAAGAUUCUAAUAUUAAGAGUGAUAAAUACAAAAAAGAAAAAAAGGAGAAUUCAAGGAUUGAGGGUAAGACAUACGAUUCUGAAAAACCCAAAGAGGAAAGAGGUGGGUUUGCACCACGUGGAGAACCUUCAAGAAGAGGAAGAGGUGGUGGUGGUACAUUGUCUUUUCGGAAUUCAAGAGGAGGAUCUAGACACGGUCCAAGCAGCUAUGGCCCUCCUCCUUCAAGGGCGGGGUUUGGUUGUAAUAAACAAGAAAAAUUAGAGGAACAAAAGAUAGUUGAAGAAAAUUUUACUGAGAAUAACCAAGUUGAUUUUAAAUCUAAUAUGUGUACUAUAGAAAAUAUAAAUGCUUUUCCUAAAGACUCUAAUAAAUCUAGAUCUCUUGAAAGACCUCCCCAAAGACGACCUGGACGAUUUGACCAUUUGCCUCCGCGUUUUCAAAAAAGGAAUCAUGAUCGAAGGUACGAUAAAUUUGACCAGUCGUUUCGUGGGAGAGGCAGAGGUCGAAGUGGAUAUCAGAGCACUGGAAAUCAAAUUUUAAAUAAAAUUGGUCAAGGUGGAAAGGAAAAUUUAUCGGAUGUUGCAAAUGAAGAGUGGGAAACUGCUUCAGAAAGCAGUGAUAUUGCUGAUAGAAGAGAAAGAAGGGAUGAAAAGGAUGAGUCUAGGAAAAAAGAUUCUCGUGAAAAAGGAUCAUCUGCAUCUAGAAAAAGUUUUUCUAGUCAACGUCCAGUUAACGAAAGUACCCAAGGACGGCGUAUGAAUACUGAAACUCGUAGAAGUACCUGUCCUAAUAAUGUUGACAGAAAUAAAACUAGAGACAGUUUUCCUCGUGAAACUCGCCCUAGAGACUCUGGUCGAGGUCGGCAGAAUUACAACAAUAAUGGUGAUAGAAGAUUAUUGGCAAAUAACGGUAACAAUUCACGACCUUCUAGUAGUGCUGGUCACCCUGGUAGUGUCAGUGGAAGAAACAGUAAUCGUAAUAAUAACCCAUCGUCUAAAUCGGGUACCUUCCAACCUAAAAGUGAAACUGCUGCUGUGUACAGAGUUGAUGAAAUUAAGUUGCAGGAUCCAAAUAGUGUCCAGGCUGCCUUGACUGAUCUCACAAAUAGAAGGAACAUGAAAGCAGAAGUUGCUGUGUCUAAAGUUCCGAAAAGUGAUAAAGAUAAAUCUGGUGGCUUGGAAGGCUACGAUUUAAACAAUUAUGCCAGUGUUGUUAUUAUUGAUGAUCAUCCUGAAGUUGGAGAUGAUUCAAAUUUGUUAUGUGGUACUGAUGAUGGUUUUCAAGAAGUAACAUCAAAAAAACGGCAUAAAGUAAUGAUAGAAAAUGAAGUCAAGAAAAUGAAAAAAGAACCUCAUGCACGCAAUAAGAGUGGAUCUCGGUCAAGACAGAGUAGACUUCCUCCUAGAUUUGCAAAGCAGAGAGAAAAUUUUGUUAAAUCCAGUUUAACCAAUGGUGCAACUUGGGAUCUAAAUGUCGACUUAUCUUCGAAGCAGGCCUCUAGUUCCUUAAAAGAUACCUCGCCUGCACCACCUUCAGUUAAUGCUUGGGAGAAGCCUAUCAAUCAUUCCUUGCGCUCCCACUCUCCCGUAAUAACAGCUAAUGUACCUACUUCAAGUACUUCUAAUACUGUUGUAAGCUCUUGUGCUCCAACUGUAUCUGAAGUUCAAGUCCUUGCUAAUACAUCAAAAUCGAGUAGCUUUGAUCGCAGUGACCAACAUGAUAGUGGAAUAGAUGUAAGUGAUCAGCCUGCAUCUGCAGCAUCAUCGCAACGAUCAUCUCCCAGUAAUGACUGCAAGAUACUUGCCUCGACUGGUUCUGUAAAGAGCACAGUAACUGAACCAUCCGACUUGGUGACUGAAAUUGAUACUUGCAAACCAAUGUGUACUGUAGUGUUUGAAAAUAAGAAUUUCAAAGCUGAAAAUGCUGUUCUCGAUAAAUUUGGGCUGACAAAAGUACCGACUGUUAAGGAUAUAACAUGUGAUACUAUUCCCCCUGUUGGCAGUUCAAUGCCUAAAUCAAAAGAACCUUCGCCUGAAACUGAUGAAAAAAAACACUGUAUUUCUGUACCAUUUUCAUCUAAAGAUUCGUUUGGUAAAACAGAUGAAUCAUCUGAGGUAAAAUUAGACUUCAAUUUUGAAUCAAAAAUAGACCAACUAACAAAUGAUAAGUCCAGAAGUGCAAAUAGUAGUAAUCAUCUGUCUAGCAAAACAAUGAACAUUGGGCGGACGAUAGACGUGUCAAGUAAUAGUGCCCCUGUGAAUGUUCAAUCUCCUAUAUCCCCAUCUGAUGACGAAUUAAACUUGAAAAUUCAGUCGGUCAAAAAAGUAUGGGAAAAUGAUCCUCCUCUUCCUUCUGUAAUAGAGCAUACACAACCUACUUCUGAAGAAAAAUCCUGUCCAACUUCUUAUAGUUCCUUUUCCAGUAAUUCUGAUCCUUCGAAUGUAUACAAUCCAGCAGUUGAUUCUGGCUCUCAGACAAGAAAAGAAGUUGUCGACUCAGUUGAAAUAUCAUUUAGGGAAAAUUCACCUUUGCAGCAAUCAUGUACGAGCUCCAGCCUUGCUAAAUCCAUUGAACACAGUUCUUCUGGUAAAGCUCAUAUGCAAAUAACAGCGCAACAUAAUGCUAUUUCAGGGCCUCAUUGUACUGGUCCUUUGAGCCCUCCUUUAAUGGCUGGACUAGAAGCUAUGCCUGGUAUUAGAACAAUUACUGGUCUAGCAAGUUCUGUUCAAGUUGCCGGUAUACCUGCUAUUCCAAGUCCACCAACUGUACUCUUCAAUUCAUCUCAACCGAUGGCACAAACUGGCAUGUAUCAGCCCUUACAAAUGGAUCGACAAACACCAGCUGCUGCUGUUGCUGCAGCGAUGGUUCAAUUUUCACAAUCUCCACAUGGGUAUGCUCCUUUGGGAACUUACGGUCUUUCUCACCAACCACCGCCAAACCCUCAACUUUCAAAUGCUUAUGGUCAACAAAGUCUGUUUGUUCAACCACCAGCUACGCAUCAAGGACAAGACUUAUAUUCAUCUAAUCAGUAUAGAGUACAGCCUCCUUAUGCUCAGAGUCAACAUGUUUCCUCUAAUCAGGUUUUGAGUGCACAACAAAAUCUUGCCAAUUCCCAUUUGCUUGGUUCUCAAUUAGUGCAGACUAGACCGACUCCAGGUCCCUCUCCAGCUGCUCCACAUCUCCAGAGCCUUCAUGGAUUACAAGCUGUUCAACCCACACCUCAGACAUCAUAUUUUUCUACUUCUGCUCAACCACAAACAGCUAAUUAUUAUCAUCAGCCUCCAACAACUCCUGGUUCACCUAUGCAACAACAACCUCAGUACCCAUCUCAUCAGAGUUAUGGCUCUCAGUCUGCAUUAAACGUACUUCCUCAAACAGCUGGUGUAACCCCAAAUUUUCGAAACUUUGGAAGUCAUCAGUAUAAAGCUCCAAGCAGUGUAAUGAGCAACAUUGUGCCUGAAGGGGCUUCUUUAAGGUCUACAACUCGGUCUCCAACUAUUGACGUAUCUGCCAGCAGGAAUAUGUUCAAUGUCAGUUCCGCUGUAUCUUCUUCUAUGAGCACAACAUCUAUUGCAGUUCCUUCAAUGUCAAAUUCUAAUGUAGUUGGCAAGAUUGGCCAGCCUCAAAGCAAUGCUAUCCAAAGCAAUCGUAUUGGCUCAUCAACUGGAAAAACUUCUCAGUAUUCAUUGGCCCAAACACAGCAGCAUUAUUAUCCAUUUGGACAGCAGAAGUUCAGUCAUGUUCAGUCGAACACUGUUAGACCUCAAGUAUUAUUUCAAAAUGUAGUGAGGAAUCCUCCUCAUCAGCAACUUCCUGCUGUUGCUGCUGCUGCUACUAACUUGCACUAUCCUCCACCCAUUCAAAGACCAGGACCAACAACUGCUGUGGCCCAAGCAACACCACAGCCACCACAGAAAUUGGGAAUCCGGCCGCAGGCUAAUGUUUUGGUUCAUGGAGGAAAACUAACCUCUGCACAGCAGGCAAAGCUGCGAGCCGAAGCUGUGCAACAAACCCAGAUGUUCUUUGCACAUUCUAAAAAUGGCAAACAUGAUGAAAAUGUGUCAAACAUGCUUUCUUCUCAAGAUAAAAGCGGUAUGCAGGCAGGAUCAGUGCAGAAGUUGGGCAUAUCGAAUUUAGUAAGCGAAGAUGAAAAGGAUAAGCCCUGCCUUUCUUCUGGAGAGUCUGUAGCGCCUUGCGAAAGCCAAGAAAUUGAAGGAAAAGAUCUGCCUCCUGGUGAAGAAUGAAGGAUUGAAACUUAAUUGAUCUGGUUUAAAAAUUCUUCACAUAAGAUUACAGCAUGUGCUGGAGCAAGGUGUAAGGCUCACUCAUACUUCUGUGUAGCUGCCUACAUCUUGGAAUUUCAUUCACUUGUUAACAUUUAACUCCCGUGACAUUGCAUGUAAUGUCUAACCACACCAGUGGACAUGCUUUGAAAUCAACACUUUUUCUGUAUUUCUCUUUCAAAUCGAAGAAAAGGGACUCUCCUGUUUUAUCUACCAGUGGCAUAUCUAGUAACUUGUUUCUCUGCAAAGACUGAUAGCAUCUCAGAAUUGGUAGUUAGUCUUUUCAUUGGACAGUUUAAUUUUUCUAAGAAAUGGUACUUUUUUAGUUUCAUGGCGGUAAGUUAUGAAUGAAUGUUUUUAAUGUCAAUAAAGAUUACUUAUCAUGAGGAAGUGAGAGUUUGAAGGGAAUAGGUACAGUUAAGGAUGGAGUUUAGGCCCAUAUUAUGUAUAAAUACCCUUCUGGUUCUAAUACCAGCUUGAGAUAUUGAUAUUUUGAUGUUGGGAUGGGAUAAUGGAGUUUAAAAAGUAUAUAUGUAUAUUGUGCGUGCGUGUAUGUGGAUAAUCUUUGAAUUCUAAUGCUACUGCAGUGGCCGGGCUAAUUGCUUAUUAUACUUACUCAAUAUUGAAAUAUUGUUUGCUUUUGGCACAAGUGAUGUAUGGCGGUAUACAGGUUGUUUAAUAGGUACCAAUAAUAUAUUUUCAUGAAGUGGACCAAAAUGGCGAACAAAAGUACAAUCUUUACUUGCGAAGCACUUAAAUGCUAUUUAUUAUUUUUUCUUUUUUUUUUUCUGUUUAAUGAAUGUUGUGAUUAACUGUCUUCUAGUUUGCAUGUUGUGAGAGGAGUACUGUUGUGGCCAGAGACUGCUUGUAUGGUCUGGCAGGCAGUUCUUGCAACAAAGUGGGGAAGAAACUUCCAGUAUUUUAUUUUUAAUCUUGUACUUUAAUUAUAAAAUGGUUGAAGAGAUGAGUGAAUGCACUUGUGCCCUUUAAUGUAUAGAAUGAAUAAGGGUAUUCAUAUUUAACUUUAUUUCUUAAACGAGUACUCAGUCUCGUGAAGAUGCUUGUGAGCACUCUCAGGUAGAGGUGCUCAAAAUUUUUUAAUGGGAACUGCUAGGGACGGUUUAAAAUCUUUGUUCACUUUCUGUACAAUAUAAAGUGAAGCACGGCCAAUUUCGACAGUGCUUUACUGCAGUGGUACUGCUUAGAGCCAUGAACUGUAACGCCAGCUUCAAAUUUCAUGUAUACAUACCACAUUGUGAGACACUGCCGGCCAAGUUAAUCUGCGGGGUUUAGUUAUUCAUUUUUUAUGUUAAAUCAUUACACAGAUGCAUGCUUUUAAUGUUGACUGUAAUGUGCUUUAAGAACUGUACACUAAUGUCACUUCGUGGUGAACAACAAAAACUAAAUAAAAAUUUCCCCUCUUCAAUGGAGAUCAAAAUGUUGCUUUCCCCAUCAGAAGACUGUUGUAUGUAGUUGACUUUUGCUGCAAUAAAGCACUGUAAAGUAU